UCUGUUCUUUGCGGUCGCCGAGUCCUCAUCCCUCCCCCUCUCCCUGUCCUGCCCCCGUUUCAUCAUGGCCGACAUCACUGCCGCCCUUGAUGAGGAGAAGCCCUCUCCCACCCAGGAGGACUUGCAGCAGGCCACCGGCAACGGCGCUCCUGACAACCGCGCCCCCAAACGGAAUCGCAUGAGCGCUGAUGACGAUGAUGACGAUGACGACAAGCCCGGUCGCGAGCGCAGAAAGAUCGAGAUCAAGUUCAUCCAGGAUAAGUCGCGUCGCCACAUCACCUUCUCCAAGCGGAAGGCGGGUAUCAUGAAGAAGGCCUACGAGCUGUCUGUGCUCACUGGUACCCAAGUCCUCUUGCUGGUCGUGUCUGAGACUGGCCUCGUAUAUACCUUCACCACGCCCAAGUUGCAACCAUUGGUGACCAAGGCUGAGGGCAAGAACUUGAUUCAGGCCUGCCUCAAUGCCCCCGAUCCCACCACCAACGAGAAUGGGGUCGAUGCUCCCGAUGUCCCCGCCGAAGCCCCCGAGGAUGUGAGCCACAACAAUGUCAAUGCCCAGCAGCCCAACAUGCCCCGGCCUCCCGGCAUGCACCCGGGCUAUAUGACCAACGAGCAGCAGCAGCAGAUGGCCUACUACCAGAACCUCCAACAGCAACAGCAGGCCGGCGGGCAGUACCCAGGCAUGCCCGUAGGCAACCGGAUGCCCCCUCAGCACCAACCCACUGCGUAGGCAGGAGUGACCCUGUGACUGCACAUACAUACCUCUUUUCUUGAAGCUGAAGGGUCCAGACGGUUGGUUUCGCAUCCUUGUCAACCUCAACAUGUGCAACUCCACUUCUCCCGGCCUUCGAUUGAUACCCUUUGAAUAUAUUGCCAAUCCCUUGCAUUUGUUAAUGCGGCCAUUGUCUUGC